GGGGUGGCACCUCCUGAAGGUCACCCCGGGCACGGCCGGCUCAAGGCGACAGCCAGGGCCGCCGUUCGACAGCGGGGUGGCGGCCUGGGGCGGCUUCUGGCCCCGAGAGGUGCGGGCGGGGCGCGGUGGUUUCCGGCGGCCCCGCGGAGCGCCGAGGCUUGCACAAGCCGGCCGGGGCUCGCCUCUUUCCCGGCUGCCGGGGCGGUCACACGGCUGGAGCCGUCGGCAGGCCGGGCGCUGCCGCACGGCCGACAUGGAGCUGCGGGUGGCGCUCGGGCUGGCGCUGCUCUGCUCCGCGCUGGAGGCGGCGCCGGCCGGCCCGCAGCGGCCCCGCUCCGCCGUGGGGCAGUUCUGGCAUGUAUCUGACCUGCAUUUAGAUCCGACUUACCACAUUACCCCUGAUCGCACCAAAGUUUGUUCUUCUUCCAAAGGAGUCAAUGCCUCCAACCCAGGCCCUUUUGGAGACUUUUUGUGUGAUUCUCCUUAUCAACUUAUUUUGUCAGCAUUUGCAUUCAUGAACGAUUCAAAAGAGCAGGUUUCAUUCAUGAUUUGGACAGGAGAUAGCCCUCCUCAUGUUCCCAUAAAAGAGCUCUCCACGAAGUUGGUCAUUAGCAUCAUUGGUAAUCUGAGUUCUACAAUUCGUAAUUUCUUUCCAGAUCUUCAGGUUUUCCCAGCCUUAGGCAAUCAUGACUACUGGCCACAGGACCAACUUCCUGUAACUACCAGUGAAGUUUACAAUGCUGUAGCAGAUUUCUGGAAACCUUGGCUAAGUGAUGAAGCAAUCAGUACCUUCAGAAAAGGUGGCUUUUACACGCAGCUAUUUGAAUCCAGUAAUAGCCAUCAGCCACUCAGGAUAAUCAGUCUGAACACAAAUUUAUAUUACAGCCCUAACAAGGUAACUGUGAAUAUCACUGACCCAGCCAACCAGUUUGCCUGGCUGGAGGAAAUACUUGAAACCUCUUCACAAAAGCAGGAAAAGGUGUAUAUAAUAGGUCAUGUCCCAGUAGGAUACUUGCCAUAUGCAAGGAAUACUACAGCUAUCAGGGAGUAUUACAAUGAGAGACUGGUAAAGAUUUUUCGCAAAUACAGUAGUGUUAUUGCGGGCCAGUUUUUUGGACAUACCCAUAGAGAUAGUAUCAUGGUCCUCCUGGAUGAAGAAGAAAAGCCAGUCAAUUCCUUGUUUGUGGCACCUGCUGUAACCCCAGUGAAGAGUGUAUUGCAAACAGAGUCCAAUAACCCUGGUGUCAGAUUGUAUCAGUAUGAUCUUUUUGACUACAGCUUGCUGGAUCUUUGGCAGUUUUACUUGGACCUCAGAGAUGCCAAUAAGAAAAAUGAAUCAAACUGGAAAUUAGAAUACAUCCUGACUAAAACUUAUGGCAUUGAAGACUUGAAGCCAGAAAGCCUAUAUGAAAUGGUCAAGCAGUUGUCUAUGCCACACAGCACACUGUUUGAGCAGUAUUACAGUAACUAUAUUGUGAGUUAUAACAAAACUAUUCUCUGUGAAGAGGGGUGCAAGACCUGCCAAAUAUGUGCAAUCCAGUAUUUAGAUUCUUCCUCGUACACAGAUUGCAUCAAUCAGGAGGCAAUGUGGAGAUGAAAUCUCUGUGCAGUUAAUGCAGAUAGUGACUUUAGCCUGUGAUUUAAAGAACCUGCUCGUUCUUUCGCUCAAGCACUGACACACUGACAGGGAGCCUGUGGGACUUCUCUGCAUUUCAGGGGAGCAGUAAAACUCCCUAGAUCUUUCUUCUUGCAAAUAUGUUUUCCUAUAUCAUCUAAAUAAAAGUUUAUUUGCUUUGUAAUAGUGGCCAGAUACUUUGCUGUUGUCUCAAGUGUCCUGUACCUUCUCUAACAGGCAUCCCAGUGUGUGGGAAUAGAAG